AUGGCCGACGAAAAAGGAAGCCGCGAAGGAAUGUCUAGCCAAUACACAGCUAUAAAUGCUCCAUUUAAGGCCGAUUAUGAUGUUAUAAAAGACAUGCAAGUACCCGAGACUAUCACAGUACAAAGCAUGCAAAAUUUUGGCGAGAAUAAGCCAGCAUUUCAAGGAAGUCAAAUGACCGUACCCGACAAAAUUGUUUUGAAUGGGGAAAGCGAAACACAAGUUUACAACCCAAGCAUAGGUUUACAAAAUGCCGGUGUAAAUUUAAACAACUAUAUGGGGGGUAUGGUGACACCGCCAAGGACACUGACUGUCGACGAUACCACAUCUCGUUAUAUGGAAAGAAAAGUUGAGGGCAAUGACGGCCGUCGUAAAGAAUUUGAUAGGUAUAUUAUAUAUAUAUUCAUAUAAAAGUAUUUGAAAUUAUAAAGAAGUUUUAUUGCUUGUACAUCAUUCCCAAAUAUAUUGAUGUAGUAUAGUAAUUAGUUAUUUCGGCACCAAAAUCUCAAAACCAUGUCAAGCCCUGUUAUGCAUGCACCUCGACCUCCCAUCCCAGACUGGAAAGUUUGGAAAUUGCACGCCAGAGAUUUAAAAAAAAAUAAUAGAAAGCAUCAAAAUGGCAUGCCGGAGAUAUCCGUUUUGUGAUACAAACUUUCCACACUGGCUCCCAUCUCAUAUGUACUGCAUCUCAUGCAGUAGUAGAUGUAGCCUCCUCCGCAGGCAACUCUUUGGCAAAAAUUGGAAAAAGUAUUAUGAAUAAAAAAAUUGGCAAAAAUGUGAUGAUCCCUAACAAUCCCUAACUUUAAAUUCGCUGUUAUUCAUAAUACUUUUGCCAAAGACUUGCCAGCGGAAGAGGCUACAGUAGAUGUGGCAUGCUUUAUAUUGGGGAAACUGGAAAGUCUUUGAGCAUUGGCAUUCAGUCAUUGACAAUGAUGCUAACCAGCCUGUUGCCAGACAUUUUGAUACCGGCAAUCACAGUGUUUCUGAUAUGGAAAUUUGAGCCCUCUGUCCCAUUUCUGGAAACAUAAUAGCUCUGCAAAUGACAUGAAAUGCACCUCAUUCCCAAGGGCUCCCACCUUAAUAGGGCCCCAACUUGAGAGUGAGAGCCUAAAAUUGAGUACGUUUUUAAAAUUGAUCAGAGCAUUUUUGAAAUUGAGGGCCCCUUACAGUACCUCCACAUGCAGUCUAGCUAAGGUCUAAUUGGGUGUAGCUUAAAAGUAAUGAUGUCAUGGGGCCCCCAGGGAAGACUUGCCCUGGGCCCCACAAAUUCUCUUGGCGGCCCUGCUUGGCACUGUCCACCCCUAUUGCAUUAAUGAAUGUUUUUUCCAUCUUUAACUCUGUCUGUCAGUGUCUUUGCCCAUCAAAAGCAGACAUUUACAGUACUUUUAAUUAUUUCCUUAUUCCAUACUUGUUUCAUAUAUUUUGUUGUAUUUGUUGUAGUUUUCUGUAUAUUUGUAUUAAUGUAUUCUGUAAUGGUCUUUAGUUUUUGUCACGUUUGCAAGUGGUGCAUGUGAAAAAUCUUGAAAAUAUUGCUAACUUCUCGACAAUCAUUUCAAGGAAAAAAUAUAUGCCGGCCAGAUAUUUUACAUUCUCGUCAGGAUACUGGAUAAUGAAAUAUCUUGUUAUUCCGGCCUGGAUUGCUGGCUAGCUAGGCAUCAACUAUUUCGCUGACCUCAGAAUGACAUUUUGUCAAAAAAAUUUUCUUCAAGAUUGGUUUAGAAACAAAUUUGGAGUAGGGUUAGGUUAGGGUAAGGAUUAGGGUAAGAGUUGGAGUUUGGAGUAGGGUUUGUGUUAGUAAAACCAUUCGUUUUGUCACACUGAGGCCAGUGAAAUAAUCUCUUCUGGCUAGCUAGCCUCAACAGUGGUUAUGAUAUUUGGUCCCUAACAGAGUAUGCUGUAUGCAUAUAAUUCGACUGGAAAGUUUUACAAUUUUUUGGUCAUGUCAUGUCAUGCAUGAUAUUUUGAAAGUGUUAUAUAAUGGAAUCCAUUAGUACAGUACAGUCAAAAAUGGCAUAAAAAUUAUGAUUUGUCAAUUUUUGUAAUUGACCUACUUUUGUCUUGGCAAAAUUGAGGAUGUAUUGUUGAUUUGCUGCAAUUAAGCCCAAAUGUUCCCUACUUUAAUUAUAUUAUUUUGCUCUGCCUAGCACCAGACAAGCUUACUCAUGAACGUGUGAGUCUUGCAAAUGUAUUGACGAUAUAUGUGUACCUAACUUUACUCUAGCUAACUCUAAAUGAUUUUACUUGCCAAGGGAAAAGUCUUUUCUAAAACUUAUUUGGUGAUAUUUUAACAACACUAUAGUAGUCUAGCACUGUUUGAAAAUUUUUUAUUUUUAAAAAUUUUUUUGAAACAUUUCACAAAAUAAUAGUAGUAUAUGUUAACUCCUAGGUUGUCUCACCAACUAGGUGAGAAUUCAGGAAAUUCCGAUGAAGAUUCAGGCCCCCAAUUACAAGGUGAGAUUGUCCGACUGAACAAGCGUGUUGAGUCGCUGGAAAAGAAAAUGUCUGAGAAACAAUCUAAUGGCUUUUGGAAAACAACAUUUGUUUGUUUACUUACGAUUAUUAAUCCGAUCAUAAUACAUUGGCUAUUUAGCAGUAGACGACGCUAA